GUAACUAUCGUGAGGGAGUUAGAAUGGUGCUGGAGAGCAUAGCCCGGGUGAUUAAAGUGCAGCUGCCUGCAUACCUGAAGAGGUUACCCAUCCCAGACAGUAUUGCAGGCUUUAUCCGGCUAACAGUUUCAGAAUGGCUGAGAUUGUUGCCAUUCCUUGGUGUCCUAGCACUGCUUGGAUACCUUGCGAUUCGACCAUUCCUACCCAAGAAGAAGCAGCAAAAAGACAGCUUAAUCAAUCUCAAGAUCCAAAAGGAGAAUCCAAAGGUUGUAAAUGAGAUAAACAUAGAGGAUCUGCACUUAGCCAAGGCUGCCUAUUGUCGGUGUUGGCGCUCUAAGACUUUCCCUGUUUGUGACGGAUCUCAUAACAAGCACAAUGAGCUCACAGGAGACAACGUGGGUCCAUUGAUUCUCAAAAAGAAAGAAGUAUAACGCAUCUCGGCAGCCUGAUACUGACUCCACUGUGCAAAAUAUAUUGAAGACUGGCUCUUAGUGGUUAGUUUUUGGCAGGAGUCUAACAUAGUGAAUGGACUUCAACUAACUGUACAAAUUGCAGUAUUCUGUAAUCCCCCCUCACUGAAUCUGUGUGACUUGCUUCAAACUGUUCUGCCUUAUGCACUUCUUCCCAGCCCAUGUUAAUGUGCCUUCCUUAAAAGUCUCUUUCACAUCUCAACAUAAUAACUUUGGCCCAAGUCACGGUGACCCAUUUUUACUUGACUUGCUGAAAUCGGAGAUUAUUUGCAUUAAAUUGCUGGCAUUUAGAGGAACUUCACUGCUAUGGCAUUAUGUCUUUUUAAAGAAGGCAGAUUUUGUAUUUCAGCGUUGUUCUGUUCCUAAUGUUAAUAUAUGGUAAACCAAUUUCCCCAAAUACUUACAAGUAAAACAGCAAUUUAUUUACAUUUCUAUUUCCCUAAAAAGAUCUCCAAGCUGUAUGUAGGUAUGCUGUUAUACACUGCCUCAACCGUGUCUGUGACGUUUAUUAUGUACACUUUACAUAGUGACUGCAGUGGACCACUGGUAUUAAUGUAGAAUGAGUUAAAAAAAAAAAAAA